AAUGUCAAAUUUCACGUCUAACUAUUCGCUAAGCAUAAUGGCUAGAUAUUUUUACAAUUUGUAAUUACAAAAAAUAAAUCUGCAUUUCAGCGUUCUAUUAAAGUUCGUUAACUUAGUGAAUGACAGUAAUACUAUCUCGUAUCGAGAAUGAGUAAAUUAAAUCCACUAGGGCUGUUAGUCAAUUACGGUGAUUCGGAUGAAGACAUAGAUGAAGGAUCACCAUUGUCUGCAAAACAUAAUGAUUAUGCGACUAGCAGACUAGCGAAAACACCAGCGACUUAUCCGGGCUAUGAAUCCAGUUAUCAAACUCCGAACACACCUGCCGGCAUUCAUCCAGCACCCAUACCGCACUGUCCAUGGUCCGCUUGCUAUGAUGAGAACAGCGGAUUCACAUAUUACUGGAACCAGCAAACUAAUGCAGUGACAUGGGAAGCUCCACCAGAGUACAUGCUUGCUCUCAAAUUAGCACAACAGCAGUUACAUGCGUCAGGUUCAACAGAAGUGUCGGCUGAGGAAUGGCAACUUUACCAGCAAGCACUAGCUGAGAAACAAAAUUCACAAAACAAGAUUAUUGCUAAGACUGCUAUCAAUACAACAAAGAAACCUGAGAAGGGAACAAAGGAAAAAAAUUCAAAGAGUCUCAAGAAAAGAGCUGCUAGUGAUGACGAGGAGGAGAAAAUAGAACUUAUCACAUCCUACCAUAACUCUGACUCAGAAUCCAAUGAUGAAUCAGAGAAGACUCCACCAGUCAAACCACCUCUACCAAAACCACCAAACAAGUUACCGAAGCAUCCGCAGAAGAAACAGAAAACUAAACCACAAGUAGAAUUUGGUCCACCAUUACCACCAAAUCAAAAUUACACUGUGCCAAUUGGUCCGGAACUACCAACGGGAUUGCAAAACGAAAGUAAACUCAAAUCACCAGAAAAUAAGGUUGAUAUUACAGUUAAACAAGAUGCUCCUCAAACAUCAAAGUCCAUCGAUGAUGACGGUCAAGAUGAAAAUUGUCUCCUGCAAAAAUUAAAAGAUAAGGCAAAACUAUUGGAGAAACUCGGUGGUGAGUUGCCUUCCGAUCUACAGAAAAUUAUAAAAGACGAUACCAAAUCUAACAACGCCUCUCCACGAGGUGAAUCUAAUGCCGCUGAACUCGACAUUGACGAUUUAUUACAAGAGAUCGAGAAAACGGAAUUGCCUAAAGUUAAAUCAAAAGAUAUUAAUGAAAGGCAGAAAUCGAACAGAAAUAGUACAAGCAGUUCUCCAAAAAGCGGUGACAGAACACCACCAUUAGAAGAACUUCAUGCACUAUUCCCGAACACCAAUGGACCUUCAACGUCAUUGUUUCCAAGCGCUGCUAAUAUAGACGAAAGUAAACUAGAUAUCAAACCAGAGACUCCAGUCAUUGUAGAAAAGGAAAAAAAGGAAAAUGUCUACUUAACGAAUUUAGAUGUACCAAUAGAAAAUGUUGGUAGAAAGAAAUUGAGGAUAUCUAAUUCAGUAUUGCCAGAUCGGAGAAAGGAGAAAGUUGAACUACCUGUCUAUACAACGAAAUAUUCACAAUUUAUUGAAGGGUUCUCGAAUGAAAGAACCGGUUUGGGUUUCACUAAAGAAGAAGACACUGGAAGUAGUCCAAAGAACAUGAUAAAUUAUGGCAAUGGUCUAACAUUUACUAAAGGAGAAACUUUGAACGAGGAAAAAAAAGAUGAAGACCUAGAUGACUUGACUGAUUUAGUGGAAGCCAAGUUGAAGUUUCUUAAUCAGUUGCAGCCGUGCGUGUUGUCGCCGCUGCAGGAAAUGUUGAUCCAGAUGCAGACGCUGGUGUCGGCGUUCCGCGCGGGCGCGCUGUCGGGCGCGUACUGGCGGCGCUGGGCGCGCGGCGCGGAGGGCGCGCUGGCGCAGCACGAGGCGGCCGCCGCGCCGCCCGGCUGGCUCUGCGUCUUCCAGAGGUCUGAGGGGCGGUACUGCUACCGUCGAGAGUCGGACGGGUUCGUGCAGUACGAAUACCCAGCUGUCGCCAAUACAGACAUGGAUAUUUGUACCACACCACCUCACCCAAGUACGGAACCGAAGCAGGAGGUGAACCCUCCACCGCCGCCCCCGUCCCCCCCGCGCUGUUGGCGCAGCACCCCCCCGCCACCCGGCACUGACCCGGUGCCGCCGGAGGCCCCUCCGCCGCCACGGAUCCAAGAACCAAAGAAAGAAAUAGGCGAUGAAUUGCAAUCGUUCUACAACGAUAUAGCUGAGCUGGAGAAAACUUCGGGCUCCACAGAACCGAACUCUCCCGAGCCACCGCCGCCGCCGGAGAUCAGCGACAAAUCCAAGGAUAAAGAGAACAAAGUGGUCAAAAAGAAGCCCAAGAUGAAGGUAUCAUCGUCGUUAGGGAUGAAACAAAAAUCUGUAUCUACUCUCGUUGCGAAAUGGCAACAGGUCGCUGAUGAAAUAAAUUCCGACUGAUUUUUUUUACAGCAAUUGUAAAAUAGCAAGUGUAAAUAUAUUUGUAUAAUAAUAAAAUAUUUUUGUCGCUCUAAAACUACCAAAAAGCUAAUUUCCAAAAACUCCGUAAUUUCUAAAUAAUGACAAUCCUAUUAUUAAUUUAAUAUUUCUAUAUAGCAACAUUCAAUACCAUAGAUGUUUGUUUUCCAGGAUGCUAGAAUUGCCUUAACUAGAUUUUAAUCUGAUAUUUUUAUUGAAGAUAUGACGCGAACUUUACAUAAUGUAUUUUAUACUGUACAUACUAGUUAUAUUUUGUACCUAACUUUAAAUGAUUUAUGAUUAAAUUUAAAAAUAA